AUGACAACAGAGGUAGCCAGGGCCAAUCUGGACAACUAUACUAUACGAUUAGCCAAUGAUGAACAGAAGGUACAACAUGCCAAGGCGGGUUAUGAUCACUGGAAGAAGGACAGCACCUUUGAGCAAUAUUGGGAUAUAUACACGAGAGAAAGGAACGAAUCGCCUUGGGGGUCAAAUGACAAACUCCUGACAUGGGUUCUCGUUCGAAAAGAUGAUCUAGAAGGAGAAAUCUAUGCAGGAUGUGAAACAUAUCUACGAAAAGGAUUUAUAAAGCGUAAAGGAUCACAUAUCGUAGAAGAUACUCACCUAUACGGUAUCGCAUCCGUAGUCACACCAAAACAACAUCUCCGUAAUGGCUACGCUACUCGACUUCUGUCUUCACUUCAUCAUGAACUAUCCUCCCUUCCAUCCCCUUACUCGUCUACCACUUCAGACAUUCCUCUACUCAGAGCUGUCGGAUCGAUCCUAUGGUCCGACGUAGGUUCGACAUUCUAUUCCCGAUGCAGCUCGUCUGAAGAAAGGAAAGGAUGGGUAGUUCGUGAUUCGCAGAACACCCAAUUAAUCUGGAAGAUUUUACCUCCAACUCAAACGGAGUUACCAAAAGGGUGGGAUUGGAUCUACCUCUCCGAUUUACCAGGUAUCAAAAGCGAAUUAUCCAAAUCGGUUAAACAGAAUUUGGAAAAGAUAGAUACAUCUAACAAAUCGUUGUUCGUUCAUGAUCCGAUUUCGGAAGGGACAUUGGAGUUUGUACCUACUAAAGGAACUUGGCAAAGAUCAUUGAUAAUCGUUCCAGAACCAGUGGGAAUCAGAUACAAUCCUGAAAAUGGCUCAGAAGGGAAGGGGGAAGAGACAAUAGUUCUAUUCUCUCCUAAGAUGAUUAACAUAGGUGAUCGAUUUUUGAUCACCUACGUCCAUAACCUACGUAGUGAACAGAUACCAACACUCCUGAAUGCUUUGGAUAUAAUAGCUAGUCAAGCAGGUCAGAAAGAAGGUUGGAUUUGGGAUUUACCAAGUACUGAUUCAUCCGAACAGCUAAUAGAAGCAUGGAAGAGUGUGGGUCAAGAGAGAGAAGUAACAUCUGGAAGGAGGAACGAGAUUGAUGGGCAUUUGUUAGGAGUGGCGUGGUAUGGCGAUGUUGAUGACGAGGCCGAAUUGGUAGAAGGUCAAAUGUGGACCUGGAUGUAG